GGACUAUAAAAUCCGAAAGACUUGCCGGGUUCGCGGACGGUUUUAUCAGUCUGCGCUCCGCUUCCGAUCGCGUCGGUUAACGUUUGCAUCUCCCCAGCCCUUUUCGGUUGCUUCGGUUCCAGUUUGACCUUGAACGGUUUCUGUGCAGUGUGUGUUUGGUGCUAGCGUCGAAUCUAAUACGCAGAUUAACAAAAUGGCAAACCCUAACCAGGAAAUCAAAUACACCAAGAUCUUCAUCAACAACCAGUUCGUUGAUGCGGUCAGUGGAAAAACCUUUCCCACGAUCAAUCCGUCCACCGGCAAGAAGCUGGCGGACAUUGCCGAGGGAGACAAGGCCGACGUCGAUCUGGCGGUGAAGGCAGCAAAGGCGGCGUUCGUACGCACGUCCACCUGGCGUCAGAUGGACGCUUCAGCCCGGGGAGCUCUGCUGUGGAAGCUGUCCACCCUGAUGGAGCGCGACGUGAACGUGCUAGCGUCGCUCGAGUCGCUGGACAAUGGCAAGGCGUUCCCGAACGCGCUGUACGACGUGCAGGGUUCGAUCAAAACCUUCCGGUACUACGCCGGGCUGGCCGAUAAGGUUGGUGGUGACACGAUCCCCUCCGAUGGGCCGCACUUUUCGUACACGCGCCGCGAACCGGUCGGUGUGGUGGGACAGAUCAUCCCCUGGAACUACCCGAUUUCGAUGCUGGCAUGGAAGUGGGGUCCCGCGUUGGCCGCUGGUUGUACGAUCGUGCUGAAGCCGGCGGAACAGACGCCACUGACGGCGAUUUACAUGGCGGCCCUGUCGAAGGAAGCUGGCUUCCCGGACGGUGUCAUCAAUGUGGUGCCUGGAUACGGACCGACCGCCGGUGGUGCCAUCAGUUCGCACCCGGACAUCCGCAAGGUGGCCUUCACUGGAUCCGUUGAGGUCGGCAAGAUCAUCAUGGCGGCGGCUGCGACGAGCAACCUGAAGAAGGUUUCGCUUGAGCUCGGCGGCAAGAGCCCGUUGGUGAUUUGCGAAGAUGCCGACAUCGACAAAGCGGCCAUGAUUGCGUACAUGGGUGUGUUUGAAAACCAGGGUCAGUGCUGCGUGGCGGCCACCCGUACCUUCGUCCACGAGAGCAUCUACGACAAGUUCGUACAAAAGGCGACGGAACUGGCGAAGGCACGCAAGGUGGGCAACCCGUUCGCCGAGGGAACCGUACACGGUCCGCAGAUCGAUGAUACGCAGUACAAGAAGAUCCUCGGCUACAUCGAGGUGGGACAGAAGGAGGGUGCCAAGCUGGUAACCGGCGGUAAGCCAGUCGGAACCGAGGGUUACUUCAUCGAGCCGACGAUCUUCGCCAACGUCACCGACGACAUGACGAUCGCGAAGGAGGAGAUCUUCGGUCCGGUGCAAAGCAUCAUCAAAUACAGCACGCUGGAUGAGGUGAUCGAGCGUGCCAACAACACGGCGUUUGGGCUGGCGGCCGGUAUUAUUACGGACGAUAUCAACAAGGCCAUUACGUUCAGCCACGCGGUCGAGGCCGGCUCGGUGUGGGUCAACACGUACCUGGCGGUCCUGAACCAGGCACCGUUCGGUGGCUACAAGCAGUCCGGCAUCGGUCGCGAGCUGGGCAAGCACUCGCUCGAAGGCUACCUGGAAACCAAGUCCGUUACCAUCCGGCUUCCGUCGAAGGUUUAACACAAACAACCAUACCGGUUCACCGUACCGCUGCUAUCGCUGGUUGCCUAUCGGUGAUGCUGAUAACUUCAUUGUUAUUCGUUCUUUGUACCUCUUGUCCUAACAACAACAAAAUACAUCUUCAUCAUACUAAA